CACCUGUCCUCAACGAUAGCCCGUGAUCAAUGAUUCAACGGUUAAGUCACACAGCCUAAACAGAUUUCUUUUUCAGGCCCCUAGGCGAAAAAAACCCUGGAUUUCUUUCUCUUCUGGGAAAUAUGGGUGAUGGGAUCUUUGUCCUAAACCCGCUUAGGAUUUUUAUAGUUGUAAUUUUAGUACCGAGCUUUUUAGGGGUUCCGCUAACAAAUCCUAACCCGUAUUGGAAUGCGACAAGAGAUUGGAAGCGAGAGUUGGCGGACAAGGAGGGAUAUUUUACUAAUACGUGGGCUGUGGAAAUAGAACACCCUUUCGAAGAGAAAUAUGUCCGGGAAAUUUCCAAGAGACAUGGGUUUACAAUUAUUGGAAAGAUCGGUAAUCUAAAAGGCCAUUAUCACUUGCGCCAUGACGAUGUUGAUGAGCUUAACAAAGAACAUAAUCGUGAUAAGACAGACAGACUUCUUCUUGAGGAUAACGUUCGAUGGGCAGAACAGCAGAAGAUUCUUCACAGAGUGAGAAAGGACGGGAUUCCAACAGACCCGAUGUUCACAGAAAUGUGGUACCUGAUGAACACUGGGCAGACCGGGGGACCUGUGGGUGUUGAUAUCAACGUCAUUCCUGUAUGGAAGCGAGGCAUAACGGGGAGGGGCGUUGUUGUCACAGUGUUAGAUGACGGCAUGGACCACAACCAUCCUGAUCUGAAGCCAAAUUAUGAGCCAUGUGCGAGUCAUGAUUUUAAUGAUAAUGAUCAAGAUCCUGCCCCGAGAGACAUAGACCCCGAUAACUGUCACGGCACCCGCUGUGCGGGCGAGAUCGCGGCUGUGGCGAAUGACUCUAUCUGCGGGGCUGGAGUCGCGUACAAUGCCAAGAUUGGAGGCGUUCGUAUGUUGGAUGGUAAAGCAACGGACGCCCUUGAAGCGUGCUCGCUUGGAUUUGCAAAUCAGGUCACAGAUGUGUAUAGCAACUGUUGGGGCCCUAAGGAUGAUGGGAAGACCUUUGGUAAACCUGGUCCUCUAGCUGCCAAGGCACUCAAAAGUGGUGCAGAAAAGGGUCGGGGAGGUAAAGGCAACAUCUUCGUGUGGGCGACUGGAAAUGGCGGACUGACAGAUGAUGACUGUAAUUGCGAUGGCUAUACCACGAGUAUAUACACGGUGUCAAUAGGCUGUAUCGGUGAUCACGGGUUAUCGGCCUACUACACAGAGCUGUGUUCGUCAACACUUGCUGUAACAUUCAAUGGCGGAGCACACAGAGAAAAAGAGGAGAAUAAAAUGAUCACUACAGACUUAAAAGGCAAAUGCACUGAACAGUUCAAAGGCACAUCGUCUGCUGCUCCACUGGCCGCUGGAAUGGUGGCACUUAUGUUAGAACAGAACCCUUCUCUCACGUGGCGUGACGUACAACACAUCAUUGUGCAUACGGCGAAGAUGACGAGCCCUGUGGAUGAUGGAUGGCGUACGAAUGGGGCUGGACUCCACUUCAAUCACAAGUUUGGCUUUGGUCGUCUUGACGCGGACGCCAUGGUGGAGAAGUCACGUGUCUGGAAGAACGUCCCUGUCCAGCGGACAUGCACAGGAGCGUCUAGCGUGACAGGGGAUGAGAAAGACAUCCCAGUGGGAGGCUCCCUGGACAUCCAGAUCCCGACCGGGGGGUGCAUGGGCACCAUUGCCGAGAUCAACCACCUGGAGCACGUGGUACUCACUGUUAGUUUUAUUCAUCGGAGACGCGGUGACGUCAGCCUGCUUCUGACGUCACCAUCCGGGACCAAGAACGAGAUGCUCUCUACUCGUCGCUAUGACGACAGCAAGGAGGGUCUGGAUAAAUGGUCAUUUAUGACGGUACACUGCUGGGGGGAAAACCCGAGAGGGUUCUGGAAGCUGAACGUGAUUGACAACCCUCUGAACGAGAUCGGUGAUCGCGUGGUUAACGGGUUUGGGACGCUACACUUGGACACGAGCAAACAAGACACAGACGUCGAGGAUCUUGAGGAACAAGUAAUUGACGACCAGACGAAACAGCAAGCAGCAAGAAUUCAGAGUAUCAAAAACACGAAUCCCCUGUUUGAUUUCCCGUACCCCGCUGGUGUGCGGAGAGAUAGAGUCAAGCCAUUCUCUAACAACAUGGACACUUCGGAGACCGAAGAGAGUAUUGUAGAUGAUUUAUAUAACUUGACGCAGAGCGACACCGCGAGCUUUACCGAGUACGUGUACGACCGCAGCAAAAUACCUAGACCGGAAGCGAAACUCAGAAGCGACGAUAGUGAUGACGACGAUGUAACCGGAAGUAAUAGUUCCGGAAGUGACGACACCGGAAGUAGCGAUGCUGAAAUAAAGGCAGUAGAAUACAAAUCUGAUGGGGAAACACAAGAUGGUGGUAGUAAUGGUAGCGGGGUUUUCAUUUUACAGAAACCGAACGAGAGAAGGCCGAAAAAGAAACUUAAAUAUAAAAAGCGUAGCAAAAUAAACUCUCAUAAGAAAAAGUUGAUUAAUGCAAAAGCUAAAAAGGACGCUACGAAAAAGGUCCAGGUUGCUGUGCAGGAGACCGCCACACAGCGGGUCCAGGUGAAUGCCGGGUAUGAUAAUCCCGAGAUCCCGUGCCUCGCCCGCGGGUGCUCGGGUAUCCUAUUGAAGUGGGUACUUACUUUCUACGGUACAUACGAACCGCCAGAGAACACAUAGGCAGAUAGAUAUUAUACUGUUAUACUUUAGAUUUAUUAUGAGUAGUAAGAUAUUCCUCUGUACAAGAUCUAAGAGACCUAAGGUGGGUGUGGUCAUUGUGAAUACGAGCUGCUGAUUGGUGCUGAUUGGUGGAAUUUAGAAGAUACUGUCAUUAAUAUUCAGGUGGCAGUUGAAACGUGUGACGUCACUUACUCCUCUAUCUCAAACCUUUUUAAAAAAACGAACAUCAGUGCAAAAUGGCAAAUGGCCGAUGGUACUUCUAAAACUAAUCGCUGCUUCCAGAAUAAAGAAGUGAAGUGAAGUGCAAAUCGCAAGAUUUAUUUAUAUUUUCCUACAUAUAGUAGAAAAUGACGAGUCCUAUGGUAUUUUCAGAUGACAGAACUACCAUUUUCCAUUUGCACUUUGAAAUAGGUGUAUAUCUUACUGGUAUUGCCGUCGUUUGAUAGGGGGCCGCAAGCUGCCUCUCUCCCUCUUGUUCAUUCAAUUCAUACUCUGCAAAACUAUCGUACUAUGGGCCACCGUUCUUUUGUAGAAAUAAAGUUUUGAUUGGCGCAUAUCCGUAAAUAAGAAAGUGGACUUUGAUUCUUUCCAUCUGUCCAAGUCCAACCAUUCCACGUUUUACGGACAUGCACCAAAUAUGGAACCACAAUUUGUCUCUUUUGGAUUCCCCUUAAAAUUAGCACUCUUAUCAGUGAGCAGCGCUUAGUUUUAAAUGUAUUGUUAUCUUUUCACAAGCAAUAUAGUGCCAGUCUCUCGUGGCAUUUGUUUCACGCGGUAACGUGUUGAGCAGGGUGGAGAGCAUAUCACUUCGAAACGCUUUUGCAAAGUUUAUGUAAAUUACUGCUUUAUUAAUAAAAUUACAUUACUUUUUGUA